UAGCUUAAUUAAUAUUAUCAAACUGUUGUCAGUAUUAUCAAGUGUAAAGGAAAAAAGUUGUAAAAAUGGAUUUAGUCAAGGAGUAUUCAGAGUACAAGGAGUAUAUAGAUGAGUUCGCUAAAACGAUCAAUCCCCAUGACCAAUUGCCCUUAAGAGUUGCUGGAUAUUGCCUGAGAGAUUAUGAGAUCCACGGUGAAAUUCUCGAGUGGCUUAUGACUUACUUGGGAAAAUCCUGUCCAGUAACAUUUCGAAUCUAUCUUAUUCAAUUAGCAAUACAAAGAACACUUGAGAAGGUCAAAGAUUCACCUGUCGAAUGUGGAUUUGAUGAAAAUCGAAACGUUUAUCAACCUCUCAAGCUUGUUCGUAUUGUUGUUGCAGUUGUUAAUGAAAUCAUUCUUGAUCUUCAAGAUAAUUCAAAAUUAUAUGAAGUUCCGCUACCGCCUACGUCAUCGCUUGCAUCAGAGUUGACUCAACUCAAAGCACCACCAAAAUAUUCAGUUGAUGCAAUCAAAAAUUCACGACGAACAAUGGAGGACAAGCAUAUGAUCAUUGAUGACUUUAAUGGAUACUUUAACACUCAGGAUACCGAGCCAACAUUCUAUUAUGGCAUUUUUGAUGGUCAUUCGGGAUCAGAUGCUGCAAGUUAUGCGAAUUCUCAUCUUAAUUAUAACAUUGCUGUUCAUCCUAAAUAUCCUUCAGAUAUUACAACAGCAAUGCGAGAGGCUUUUCUUGUCACUGACAUUGCAUUCCUAAAGAAAGCAAAGGCUGAAAAUUUAAACUCAGGAACAACAGCUUUGUGUGCAAUGUAUAGGAAAACAGAGAAAAAACUUUAUAUUGGUUGGUGUGGUGAUUCACAAGCUCUUAUAGCUCGUGUUGGAAAUGUCCGUCAAAUUGUGAAGAAACAUUCGCCAGAAGACGAGAGUGAAAGAUUACGAAUUGAAAAGCUUGGCGGUGCUGUUCUUUAUUGGGGAAAUUCUUAUCGUGUUAACGGAGCAUUGUCAGUUAGUCGUGCGAUUGGUGACAUGAUGCAUAAACCAUUCUUAAGUGCAGAACCUGAAAUCGAAUGUAUUGAUUUGGAUGGCGAAGAAGAUUUUAUAGUUCUUGGAUGCGAUGGAUUGUGGGACAACUUAACAGAAGAUGAAGUUGCUAUUGCUGUUUACAAGAAACUUCGUGAGAAUCCGGAUUUAUUGCAAAAAUAUAAAAAUAUCUAA